GCAACUGUUUCAGAUGUAGCGAACGACCAUAAAGGCUUACCUUUGCCUGCUUUAAUUUAAAACAAUGUCAAGAUAGCAUUCACUCGGUUUUGGUCUAAACUACAGGAAGUUAUAAAGUUAUAGGUCUGUCUGUAUUUAUUUAGUAACUGGCUGGCCAGUCUUCAUUUUGCUCUCAUUCUUCAGUGCACCAAUAUUUCACUUGAGCAGAUAAGUUCUGGUCGUGCCAGCUAUGCUAUUGCGCGGCCGUUCCAACAUCAAUAAGAUGCAGCUUUUCUUGUUCGGAUGAGAAGUGUGGUGUGUGGAGACCUGUCAUCAGCUUGUCAUCCUGAUCUUCGGGAUGCCAGUCUUGGAGGACACUCUUUACUACUCGAACAUUAGAUCAGAUGUACAUGAAGAGAAUGAAGAUGAAAGAGAAGCGUUGGUACAAGAACAGAGGUACUGUCGAACUCGGGCUCGCAAGCUUUUCCUGGAAACAAAUCGCAGACGAAAGGCUCUAGAUGAGAAAAGGAAACAGUGGGAUGUUCAGGAGAAGAGACUGAGGGAGAAUAUUCUACUGCAGCGCCAUCAGAGGGUCCAGGAUGCCACAGAGAACUUCCAAAGAGCUCAUCUCCCUCCUUCCCAGAGAAAAAGACCAGCAGCCUUUAAGAGAAGAACACUCAACCUUGAUGAAGCACUUCAUCAUAUUCAGGGCAGUCCGCACUUAUACACUCAACAAUCUCCAUUUUUGGCAAGUGGCUCCACCAUUAGCAGGAGCUGCACUCCCUCCCCAAAGCCUUCAGGGGGCGCCCGUCACCUACGUGCCUUAUCUGCAGCCGAGGCCUACACCAAACUCCUGCAGGAGAAGAGCCUGAGCAACUUCAAGAACAACCAGUUGCUCUUCCUCAGUGAGCAAAAGGAGACCCAGGCUGUUCUGAAAGAAAAACAGCAGGCAGAUCUACAGGAGUAUCUUGAUACCCCACAUAGCGAGACAGAGAGUCUGUCUAGUCUGGACAGCUUAGAGAACGGAGACACUCAGAAGACCCAGGACACUAGACCAGUUUGUUGCUCCCACCAGAGCACCACCUGUACCCAGUCUUUCUACCUCCCCGUGGAUCCCCCUAAGCUCCAAGACCCCAAAAAUCCUCCAGCACCAUUCAGACAGUCCAACAAACCAUGUUCACCAGCUCACCCCUCCUCUUCCGUAGCAAAGAGCUUCCUGGAGGAGUUCUUAAAUCAGGAAAGCAAACUCAGUCUCAACCCACCCUCACCAAAGGAUCGUGAGUCAACAGAAGAAAACAGGAGUCUCCGGAAUUGCACGCAAGAAAGAUUUGAUAACUCAAAAGACCAAUUGCAGAUCUUCAACACCCAUAGUUGCCAAAAAGAGUUGACUCAGCAGGACUUAGCAACUAAUUCAGAACAUAUGACUCAUGAUAAUGACAGAAACGCUCAAGGGAACAUUUUGAAAGACAAAGGAUCUGCGGUUGCCCACUGCAAAACACAAGCCGUGCCAGAUACCACACCCCUGGAAUUCUCAAGUCUGACUAAAGACUUCAAGUCAGAAUCCAAGCAGCAGACAGGAACCCUGGAGGAGAAAUAUGCUAAACAUUUAUCAGAAACACAGACGGCUCUUCCAGCCAGCAGAUGCAAACACAGCAACAGUUCAUUCGAAGCCUUUUCGAGCUCCUCUGCCCAUCUUAGUAUAACGUAUCGGACUGACAUGAGUUCCCCAAACAUACAACCAAUAGAAGAACUGAGUUCUUCACAGUCACAUAAACGCAAACCAGAUGUAUAUGUUGCCACAGGGCUCAAGAUAGAAUCCAAACCAUUGAACAUGGAGGAGAGUAUAAGCAUAGAUCCUAAAAAUGAAACGGAUGUCACCAAAUUGGCAAAAGCUGGAAUGCUGAAGUCUCCUAAAAGCAUGGAGGAACCAAACAGAACAUCUGCAGACCCCGUGACCCAUUCUGCCCCUAACAAUAAUGUCAGAUUCCUGAAAGGGAUUCUUAAAAACAAUUUAAAAUCCAAAUCAGGCCAUGUCAAAUUCACUUACUCUCCUGGCCAUUUGCUUUUCACUAAGGAAGUGGCCAUAUUGAUCCGGGACAGCGUAGAGCUGGCCAGGACAAAACUCAGUGAGCCAGAGCAGAAUAGGACCAUUAAGAAGAAACUACGCUGGUUUGAUGAGGUAGAUGGAGUUGGGGUGGGGGUGGACCGAGUGUCUAGAGACCCCAGCAGGCAUGCUAACCUGCCUCAACAAACCCAUAAACAGCUCUCAGCAGAUCACUCGGACCAUGUGAAUUUACUCACAGGGGUAUCAAAGAACAUCUUCAAUAAGACCUCUGCUGUCCCCGCUGGGCCCCAAUCCACUAGACAGGCCUGGGCAGAUGUAGGGCCCCAAGAAAGCCGUACACAGGAGCCCACCUCUCAAAGAAGAGCCCUCUGCACUGGGGGCCCACGGACUCCCCGGAGAGUGCGCUCAGCCAGAGUCAGCUCGUGUCCCGUUACCUCCCGGGCCAGGAAGGGCACUAUCAUCAGACCUCAAUCUGCCAGGGAAGCGCAACAUGUGGCCAAGACCCAGGGGAAGAUUUUGGUGCCUCGACCCCCUCCAAAACCUGAAGCUGUGGAGUGUAACUUAGCUGAGGGUCCCGUGUACAUCUCAAAGGCAUCCUGCAAUGACAAUGGUGUGCAGAGCAGACCGGAUCUGCAGGAUCUGGCCCUUUGCAAAGACAUUCCAGAUAGCCAGGCAAUAGUUCAUCGGCCUACCCUCAGAACAGAUGCUAUCUGUGCUCCAGUGCCACCCUACUGUACCUUCACCCAUGAGGCAGGCAUCUGUUCCAUCUCCCCUCCAGAUGCCCUUGCAGACAAUGCCAGGCGCAGGUGUGGAGAGAAUGGGAUGUGUUUGGACCGGACUCCAACAGAUGAGGAGAUCUCACUGCUAUGGCACGGAGUCCGAAGUGCUCUCGCCAGUAAAGACGGUGACCCUCAAAGUUUUCUUGCUCACAAUGGCCCGUUGUCUUCUUCGCCUCAAGUCUGUGCCAGUCUGUCCCAUGUCACUAUCAAUGGUGAUAGUCUGAUCAGUGGUGUCAAAGGAACCUCAAAAAUGGGUGGAUUUUUCUUGUCUUCCUCUAACAUGAGAAGUCCAAUAAGGAGACAGGCUAUGGAGAGUAAUAUGGCGAAGAACCGAGUUUCUGUGGAAAACAGCAGGAACCAAACGGCAGGAAUAGCACAGAGAAAGCCUAGUUUUCCUUAUCAGGUCACUGUGCCAAAACCUCAACACCCAAAUAAAAAUGGUCACACAGCUGACAGUGAAGGCCCAGAGGUGUCAGACGGUGCUCGUGAAGUAGUGGACUUUGCUCAGACCCAUAAGUUUUGCAACGGUCCGAUUGGUUCAUUGAGCCAGAGAAUACAGUCGCUCAGUGUCAGCGCUCUGUCACUAGAGGAGCAGAAGAUCCUGCAGUCACUCGAGAGACUUAAUCAACGCCUGCAAUAUGUACAAGAUACAGCUGGUGGCAACCCAGCAGUGAGGGGCAUCUUUACUUUGGGUCCUGCAUUUAACCAGACAGGUGAGACUGUAGGUGUCACCGUGCAUAGGCGAGGAGCCUCUGCUGAUAAUCGCACCAGAACUCAACAGCGUUACUGACUACACCUCCCAUGAUCCACCACUCCCUCCAGCUGCACUUUGCAAACCUUCAAACCUUAUGAUUAUAUGCUGUAUAUUGCUGAGACAUACUCAAAUACUUUAUCUGAGUGGUACUGAGAGUAUUUAAUUGUUUUUUAAAGACAUAGUUCUCCCAAAAAUGAACAUUGGCAGAAAAUUUACUUGCCCCCUGGCCAUCCAAAAUGUAAAUGAUUUUUUUUUUCAUUGGAACAGAUUUGGAGAAACUUAGCAUUGCGUAACUUGCUCACAAAUGAAUCCUCUGCAGUGAAUGGGUGCCGUCAGAAUGAGAGUUCAAACAGCUUAUGAAAACAUCACAAUAAUCCACAAGUAAUCCACAUGACUCCAGUCCUUCAAUUAACAUCUUGUGAAGUGGAAAGCAGCGUAUUUGUAAUUAACAAAUCCAUCAAGGUAUUUUUAACUUCCAAUAUCCGUUAAUUCAUAAUAUUGCUUUUCCCAGUGAAAAAGUUGUCUCUUCUGAAUCAGGAGAGAAAUAUGCACAGAUCAAGCAGUGUUUAUAAGUGAAAACAGUCCCAAACAGUUCUAAACAAAUCUGAAAGGUUUUGAUGUGAGAAGAUAACAGGAGGAAGAUUUUACUGGAGGAAGUAUUAUUAAGGAUUUUGGAGGCAACAGUUUAAAGUUCAAAAGCCUUGAUGUAUUUGUAUCUUACCAACAGGCAGCUUUUCACUUCACAAGAUGAUAAUUAAUUCACUAGAGUGUUGUGGAUUAUUAUGAAUUUUUAUUUUUUUGGACUCUCAUUCUAACGGCACCCAUUCACUGCAGAGGAUAAAUUUCUCUCAAUUUCUCUAAAUCUGUUCCAAUGAAGAAACAAACUCAUCUACAUCUUGAAUGGCCUGUGGGUGAGUAAAUUUACAUUUUUGAGUGAACUAUUCCUUUAAUAUGUGUGAAAUGAUUCUGGCAAUACACAAUACUUAAUGUUUGUGUAAUAAAACAUUUGAAAGAAAAUGUAUUUUAUGUUCAUGUGUUGUUUGCCUUCUAAUUAGUUGGUAUUUAUUUUUUGCCUUAAGAUUCUAAAUAUAUUUUCAUAAGAAUUGUAUGUAUACAUUUUGCUAUUUUUAUUCUAAACAAUCUUGACUCUUGGAGAAAAAAUAAAUUAAUUUGAGAAAAAAAAAAAAAAAAAAGUUUUGUUUUGUUUUGUUUUCUUAGUGCCAAGACAGGAUAAAGGGCUUUUUGUGUAACUUGACCUCAGUCAAGUGUCGGUUAAGCAUUAAAUGGAUACAGAUUUAGAUUGAAUGUGUGGCAUAAUCAUGACAGGUUUUUCUGGGUGUGUAUUUUACGUUUGUAUCUGUGUGAGUGAUGCUUUGUGUUUGUGUGUGUGUAAUCAGUGUAUACACGCAUGGGAAAGCUUAUCUAGGUGUGUGACAGUGACGUUUGAGUGACUAUUAAUUACUCCAGUGCAUUAGAGACUCACCACACAGGCUUUGCAGGAUAACGAAGUCAAACUCCUGAUGCUCUUGUGCCAUUACCACCCUAUAACUGUCAUCAUGUCAUGUAACCCCUCUGUACAAAGCUGUCAUUCUUUUUACCAAACGUACUAUUCUGAGCAAUCAAUUGCUACAUCAAGGAAGGCUACAUUUUCAGUUUGCUACAAGUUUGCAAGUUUUUUGAUUGUUGUUGCAGUAUCUUACAUAUAUUUUUAGAAUUUUUUUUUUUUUUUUAUUACCUUUAUAUAAAACAUUUUUUACAUGUAUUUGUAAUAAGUCUCCUAUGCUCACAGUAAAA